CCUGGGGGGUUCGCUUUUCCUCGGGGGUCUCGAGCAGCCCGGGCACGGCGGAGGGGAGAGAGCGGCGCUCCGAGGGGAACUCAGGCGAGAGAGGACAAAAGCAAAGAAUUUCGGAAUUGAAGAGCAAUUAUGCCUCAGCUGCCGGGAGCCGGAGGAGGCGGUGGGGGGGAUCCGGAGCUGUGCGCCACAGAUGAAAUGAUCCCUUUCAAAGACGAAGGCGAUCCUCAGAAGGAGAAAAUCUUCGCGGAGAUCAGCCACCCGGAGGAAGAAGGAGACUUGGCCGACAUCAAGUCCUCUCUCGUUAACGAGUCAGAGAUCACCCCCAACAGCAACGGGCAUGAGGUUUCCAGGCAAGCCCAAGCUCAGGAAUCCUAUCAUGACAAAGGCAGAGAACAUUCUGAAGAAGGAAAACAUCCGGAUGGUGGUUUAUACAGCAAAGGCCCGUCAUACUCUGGUUAUUCUGGGUAUAUCAUGAUGCCAAAUAUGAACAAUGACCCCUACAUGUCUAAUGGAUCUCUGUCUCCACCCAUCCCUAGAACAUCAAAUAAGGUGCCAGUGGUGCAGCCUUCACAUGCAGUUCACCCUCUCACCCCACUUAUCACUUACAGCGACGAGCACUUUUCUCCAGGGUCACACCCUUCACACAUCCCCUCAGAUGUCAACUCAAAACAAGGCAUGUCCAGACAUCCUCCAGCUCCUGAUAUCCCUACCUUCUAUCCCUUGUCUCCUGGUGGUGUAGGACAGAUAACGCCACCUCUUGGCUGGCAAGGUCAGCCUGUAUAUCCCAUCUCGAGUGGAUUCAGGCAGCCCUACCCAUCCUCACUCUCAGUCGACCCUUCCAUGUCCAGGUUUUCACAUCAUAUGAUUCCUGGUCCUCCAGGCCCUCACGCAACUGGAAUCCCUCACCCAGCUAUUGUAACACCUCAAGUCAAACAAGAACAUCCACACACUGACAGCGACUUAAUGCAUGUGAAGCCUCAGCAUGAACAGAGAAAAGAGCAAGAGCCGAAAAGACCUCACAUUAAAAAACCUCUGAAUGCUUUUAUGUUAUACAUGAAAGAAAUGAGAGCAAACGUCGUAGCAGAGUGUACUCUGAAAGAGAGCGCAGCUAUCAACCAGAUUCUUGGCAGAAGGUGGCAUGCUCUCUCCCGUGAAGAACAAGCUAAAUAUUAUGAACUAGCUCGGAAAGAAAGGCAGCUACACAUGCAGCUUUACCCAGGCUGGUCUGCAAGAGAUAACUAUGGGAAGAAAAAGAAGAGGAAGAGAGAGAAGCUACAGGAGUCAACGGCAGGUGGGAAAAGAAAUGCUUUCUCAACAUGCAAAGCAAAGGCAGCGACGCCGGGACCCCUUCUGGAAAUGGAAGCUUGUUAAAACCCCAGGUGUGUCCUUCAUCUGUACAGACCACCCCCAGGGUCUUUCUAGGAGGUCGAAUUCACCAUGAUGUCACUGCUAAAGACACUGAAUCAUAAAGACAAUCACUGCCAAAACCCUUCACUACCCCAGGACCCCAAACCUGAUUAUAAAAAGGAGCAGUUCAGCAUUCCCAGGUCAGCAGAACAUCUUUCAUCUUCACCUUUCUCUCCUCUGUCUGCAUAUUGAGUCGGCAACAGGUAGGUCAGCUGUCUCUGCCUGCUUCAGCCAACUGAAUAACGUAGACUAAUAGCUACCCUCAUAUAGCACAUUGAAGAAUGGAAUUCAUCUGAUUGAGGAAGACGCUCAAACAUUUUUAUUUAAUGGUGCAAAAGGAUCAAUUUUGUUUUUAGCUUUAAGAAACUUGAACGCUUUUAUAUUAACUUUUAGUUUCUAACGUCAUUGGUGUAUAUUUUACUAGUUGUGAGCUUUUAAAUAAGCUUCAAGUAUCUGAUUUUUUGUCUUUUUUUUUUCUGACAGAGGAAAAAAAACCUGUAUGGAAAAUGUGGCUUUUUGUUAAACUAUUUGUAACAAAUAGUGGCCUCUCAGUCUAUGUAAUAGAGUGUCCUAGAGAACUAAAUAAAUGUAACACCACAGUCAGCUGGUCAGUAAACAUGUCACUCCUGUUUCAUUUACACUCUGUAAACAUAAGCAAUACAUCCAGUAAAUUCAACUGCAGUGAGUUCUUCUCACCCCCCCUU